GCAAAGCUCGAAGCAUCACACCGCCUGCGCGAGCCGAUGCUGGACAAUGGGUGGAGUCAUGCUGUGCCAUGCGCCAGACUCCUGCCCAUUGGCGCGCAGUCUUGGAGGCAAAGAGGAGACCUGUCCAGUCGGACUUAUUUGCGUUGGGCCAGGCGCGAUGCGUCCAGGCAAGCAUAGUGCCCGUCAACCAGGCCUUAUCAGUUCUGGCCAAAUGCAGCCACUGGCGAUUGCUCUUACUGCAACUGCAGCCAGACCGCUUGGGGCGGUGUCGGCUUGCCCCGGACCUGGUGAGCUACAACUCGGGGCUGGCGGCCUUUGCGCGGGCCGGGGCCUGGCUGCAGGCAGCAGAGCUCCUGGCCGCCUUCGCUGCUCGCGGGGCCCGGGCCAAUGCCAUCUCCCGCAGCUCUGCCGCGUCCGCCGGCGGCGAGUGGCAGGCCGCGCUGUUGCACCUGGGACUCAUCUCCGACAUUGUGGCUUGCAGCACUGCCAUGACGGUCUGCAAAGGCCAAUGGCGGCUGCCGAGGCUUCUUCUGUCCCUGGCGCCUGCCUGCCGCUUGAUGCCAAAUGUGGUUGCCCUAACCACGGCAGUGGAUGCAUUGAGAAGAGGAGCUUGGCUCUCCAGUGUGUUUCUUCUGAAGGGGCUCUCUGGGAUCCAGCUUGAUGAAGCUGCCUUCACGGCGACGGUCUCCUCUUGCGGCCCCCACUGGAAGGCUGCGGUGAACUUGUUCUGGUGGGGCCGCAGGUGUGGCUUGUUGGCGGCCAGCCCACGCAGCGCCGUGGUGGGAGGCUGUGCCCAGGCCAGCGCCUGGGAGCAGUCCAUCGCCGUGCUCACAGGAGCCCGGCCCCAGCCCUCGCGCACGGCGCUUGCCGGCUUCAGCUCCGCCAUGGCGGCCUGUGACGCCGCGCGCCGCUGGGACUGGGGCUUGGAGCUGCUGCAGUUCGCGCGGCAGGGCGCACUCCGUGUGGACGUAGCGCUGCUGAACGCGGCGCUGAGCUCCGCUGCCUCCGCAUGGACGCAGGCCUCGCUGGCGCUGGCGGCCUUGGCCCGCGACUUGCAGCCGGACCUGAUCACGUGGAACACGUUGGUCGCCUGCAGUGAAUGGUCCCAGGCUUUGGAGGCGAGUGAAGAGGUGCGCAUGCACUGGCGCGCUGAUGUGGUCACCAACACAGCCUUGCUGUCAGCCUGCGAACAAGGUUUGCAGUGGCCGGCAGCUGUCAGCCUCGUCUCGGAGGGCCAGGACGUCAACGUGCAGGCGUUCACGGCAGCGGCCAGCGCUUGCCACAGCGCUGGGCAUUUCGAGCGCGCACUGGCCAUGAUCGAGCAGAUGCAGAGGAAGGCCUUGCUGCCUGACGCAGCCGUGUUCAGCACCGCCCUGCUGGCGUGCGAGCGUCUGGGCAGCUUCACUCGGGCCCAAGCCGUGCUGGAGCUUUCCACGGCCCAGCGCCAGGAGCUGGACGCCGUGAUGUGCGGCGCCGCCCUGGGCGCGGCUUCCUCCGCCGCAGAGGCGGCCCUGGCUGACCAGCUGCAGGAGCUCGGGCUGCGCGCGCUGGAAAAGGGACCAAGCAGCAGCUCCUCGCAUGACGCCAUGGGCGCCGGCAGCAGCGUGCCGCCUCUACCAAAGGAGAAGAGCGCUGCCGUCUUCAACGCCCACUCCACAAGCACCGUGGAGGCCGAGGCAACCCAAACGGCCGUCGUCAAAGACGUUGAGGGCGUUCAGUGGCUGCUGACGGCUGUGGACAAGGAAAAGCAGGAGAAGGCGUGGCUGGCCAAGAAGUUCGAAGAGAAGUGCGCAGAAGUCCAAGCGCUCCAUGAGGAGCUGCAGCGGGCCAGGGCGCUUCUCGAGCGAGGACCCACGCUCUCGUCUGUGACCACGCCUGUGUCACCCAGCCAGGAGCCGUCACCGGCAUCUUCUCGGGGCACUAUGGCGCAGAGGCGCGGGUUGCAGCUGAGCGUCCAGACGGGCAAAAAGCCAGAGGCUCCCAAGGUCCAAGUAAGCGAGCCCGCCGCUCUGCUCCGCGCCAAGUCCAGCCCGGUCCUUGCAGGAGACAAGGAGCCGAUGUCGGCCUUGCUGCGCCGGCGCAAGGAGGACUGGACGCCAGUGCAAGCGCCAGUCCCAGCAGUCCCAGCAGUCCCAGAAGUGCAAGAAGUCCCAGAUGCCCAAGGACUCUCGGUGAGCACCAACAAGGUCUUCUCCUUGUUCCACGAGUGCCCAGCCUCCCCAAAGCGGGUGAAGCCGGCCACCGUGGCGGCGUGACCAGAGACGGCGUGACGGCGCCCGGCGUGGCCGGCGCGCCGAAAGAUGCAUUUCAAGUCUCCAGUGAGUUCGCGGCUUUGACUUUAGUUCUGCCACGCAAAUGGCCAAAGAUGUCCCCUGUGCCAGCAGAGCUUCCUCGAAGAGGACAGCUUGGGAAUGGCAAACGCCACUCUGAUUUUUGUAAGCGAAUUAGCCCGUGCAGAGCGAAUUGCCAGUCGGCCCCAACGCU